AUGUUUACCGCAUUUUUCCGGAAGGUUUCCUUCGAAGCUCAUCUUGUGCUGAAUUUCGUCCUCCGGCUCAUUCUAAUUCUCUACGGGGACUUUAUGGAUCAGCACUCGGAGGUUCCUUUCACGGACAUUGACUAUAAGGUGAUUACGGUUGGAGCAAAGCACGUCCUGGACGGGAGGAGCCCCUAUAAGAGUCACACGUAUCGCUAUUCUCCCCUCUUGGCCUACCUUGUGAUUCCAAAUCAUCUCCUGCAGCGGAAUUGUGGAAAAAUCAUCUUUGUCUUCUUCGACUUGGCCGUAGGGGUGCUCAUCAGGAGCAUUGUGAACAAUGAGUACCGCAUAAUCUACCACAAGAAUGCCCAAGUAAUGCUGGAAGCACUCCCAGUGGGUCAGAGAAAGGGUGCCAAGGGACGCAUGGAGGAAGCCGUUGAGACGGUUUUGCGGAAGAAAAAAUCCAAAAUGGCCGAAUUGUGUGCCUACCUUUGGUUGUACAACCCCCUGACCAUGGUGAUUGCAACACGUGGCAAUGGGGAUGCCAUUGCCAGCUUCCUCAUCCUCAUGGCGCUGUAUUUUGUCCAGAAACCCAGACUCAGCGUCUUUAAUUGCAUCCUUGCGGGUAUUUUUCAUGCAAUUGCCAUUCAUUUCCGCCUCUUUCCCAUUGCCUUCAGCCUCCCGUACUACCUCAGUGUGUCCGGGAAGAGUUUCAAGACAACAAAGGAAAUCCUGGGGGGGAUUUUAUCACCAAAUACCCGUCAGGUGGCUCUCGUUGUGGCAACUGUGGGAACACUAGUCAGCAUCACGGGGAUUUUCUACACAAUGUACGGUCAGGAAUUCCUCCAGGAGACCUAUCUGUACCAUCUGACGAGGAAAGAUGUUCGCCACAAUUUCUCCGUCUUCUUCUACAUGCAGUACCUCCGGGCAAAUGUACCCGGAAGUGUGUUGGAUAAGAUUUUUACAACAACUCCCGGAUUGCUGGUACUCCUGGCACUUUCCCUGACUUUUGGGAGUAAACGUCAAACGUUGUCCUUCUGCCUCUUUGCCCAGGCAUUCACAAUGGUGACAUUCAAUUCCGUCGUGACGUCGCAGUACUUUGUGUGGUUCCUGGCCCUACUGCCCAUUUCGGCGAAGAAUGUCUCCCGGAUGGGUGCAAAAUCAGCCAUUGCCUACACCGUACUGUGGUUCCUGGCUCAGGCAGCGUGGCUCCUGUCGGCUUACCUGUUGGAAUUCAAAGGAUGGAAUACCUUUGAAUUUAUCUGGCUACAGGGACUCAUGUUCUUCACCGUUAACAUCUUCAUCCUGCAGCGCUUAAUUGUCAACUACCACACUCCCAGUGAAUUGGCGCCAAAGCAGAAAUAGAGCCUUGAGAAUGAAAUGUAGAAAUAAAAUAAAUAUAGUAGAAAAAAAAA